ACAGAGUAGUCAAUGAGUCCUCAACACGUUUUACUCCUCACAGUACUCAACUGUCUCCGAAUGUGAGACAGUUUUUAUCUCUUAGAAGCAUUGUUUUUCUUUUACCACGAUGCUUCCCGCAGUUGCAGUGCCUUAUUUCCCAUGGGAAGUGAUAUCUGGAGCAGUACAGGAGGGAGCAUCAGUGAGAACUUUUGGCAGACUUGUCAGCUAUCAGCCUGAGGAGUCCAGGGCUACACUGUCAGCUCAGCAUGCUUCGAAAGAGCACCAUGUGGUUGUACGCACCUCGUUUGUGGAGCCCUUUAACCCAAUAGUUGGGGCCCAGUAUAUUGUUCUGGGUGAGAAAGAAAAUACUGAUGGGGAUGACGUGAUGGUUCGUGCCCGUGUGCUGAACUGUGUCGAUGGUGUAAACAUUGCUCUUCUACAGAAAGCAAUUAAUGAGCAAAGGAGCUUCUUCAGGGAGAGGGACUGCAAACAGGAUGAUGCUGCACAAUCUGCAGAUGCAACCUGAUCUGGGCCUUCAUGCAUCAAGUUUCCCAGACUGCUCAUGGAUCGUCAGAGCUACCUAACCGACUCUUAAAGCUGUUUGCCAAGGUGCACAGUGCUGUUGUGUGAGCUCAAAUGAACUUCAAGACCAUUCAGUUCAAAAAAUAAGGGACAAAGGUUUAGUUCCAUCAGUUUAUAUGAAUAUCAUGCCGACCUCUGAUCAUAACAGCUUUUUACACUUUUUCAGUGGAUAAUAUUUGAUCGUUAAAGCUGCAAAUUAAUGGACUGAUAGUCAGGCUUCAAGUUUGGCCAGUUAAGAAUUAAUUGCAGAUGUUUUGGCAAUAUUGCUCAGUUUCGAGAAGGCUUUUCAGUGCUGCCAUAUAUUUGGAUGUGGAAGUUACCAGACUUAACAUUCCUGAAUUAACUUUGUGGUCUAAUAUCAUUCAAAAUGUUUUAACUUUCCAAACAAUAGACCUAUCAUCUAUGGGUCUUGGUGAAACCCGUGUGAUAUGAAUAAAAAGAAUACAAACUAUGGAUGUAUUCCACUGACAUUAAAAUUGAAAAUGUUUAAAAACAGGUAAACGUAUCCAGUAUCUCACAACAAAAAGCUAAAUGACAACCAUAAUUUAUUAUUUCUCAUCCCUGUAAUCAUCUGGUGAACACUUAGAUUUGAAGGAUUGGUAUAUGGGUUAUAUUUACAACCAGUUCAUGUACACUGGGUGGAGCAAUGCCCAUUAUUUGUUAUUUGAUAUCAGUUGAGGGACACACCCUUUCAUGAAAGUAAAAGUUGAAAACCUGCUUGUGUGUUUCA